ACGAAGCGAACCAGGGGGCUAUUCGCAGUCCCCACCGUCGCCACCAUUUCCACUCCUCCAGAUCCACCAAGGCCUUCGUCCUCCUCCCAGCUGCUUCCCUUCCCGCCUCAACCACCUCGGGAGCCAGAUCCCGCGAGCUCCCCCCUCCACACCUCUCGCGUGCGCGCGUGCCCUCCCCAAGAUCUCACGCUGGAUACCGUCGAGAAGAUCGUCGAGGACUUCGCCUCGGACAUGGCCCUGAAUCCCUUCUCCUCCGGCACCCGCCUCCGGGACAUGAUACGGGCGAUACGCGCGUGCAAGACGGCGGCGGAGGAGCGCGGGGUGGUGCGGCGGGAGUGCGCGGCGAUACGGGCCUCGUUCAGCGACAACGAGCAGGAGCUCCGGCACAGGAACAUGGCCAAGCUCAUGUUCAUCCAUAUGCUCGGCUACCCCACCCACUUCGGCCAGAUGGAGUGCCUCAAGCUGAUCGCCGCCGUGGGCUACCCCGAGAAGCGGAUCGGCUACCUCGGCCUCAUGCUGCUCCUCGACGAGCGGCAGGAGGUCCUCAUGCUCGUCACUAACUCUCUCAAACAAGAUCUCAACCACUCCAACCAGUUCAUCGUGGGUCUUGCAUUGUGUGCGCUUGGAAACAUCUGCUCUGCUGAAAUGGCCCGGGAUCUGGCGCCUGAAGUGGAGAGGCUGAUGCGCAGCAGGGAUGCUAAUACAAAGAAAAAGGCUGCUUUGUGCUCUACAAGGAUUGUAAGGAAAGUCCCGGAUUUAGCGGAGAACUUCAUGGGUCUUGCUGCAUCAUUACUGAAGGAAAAGCACCAUGGAGUUUUGAUAUCUGCAGUUCAGCUCUGCACCGAACUGUGUAAAGCGAGCAAAGAUGCGCUGGAGUACCUGAGGAAGAACUGCAUUGAAGGUUUGGUCCGAAUACUAAGAGAUGUCUCCAGUAGUUCUUAUGCUCCUGAGUAUGAUGUUGCUGGCAUCUCGGAUCCUUUCUUACAUAUUCGAGUUCUUAAACUUAUGCGUAUGUUGGGUCAAGGAGACGCAGAUUGCAGUGAAUAUAUGAAUGAUAUUCUUGCUCAGGUCGCAACAAAAACUGAGUCGAACAAGAAUGCUGGAAAUGCCAUCCUGUAUGAAUGUGUUGAGACAAUAAUGGGUAUUGAAGCUACUAGUGGUCUACGUGUCCUGGCUAUUAAUAUUUUGGGUAGAUUCUUGUCAAACCGUGAUAACAAUAUAAGAUACGUUGCUCUGAACAUACUUAUGAGGGCUAUUGCAGUAGAUACACAAGCCGUACAGAGACACAGGGUGACAAUAUUAGAGUGUGUAAAGGAUGCCGAUGCCUCCAUUCGUAAAAGGGCCCUUGAGCUUGUUUUUUUGUUGGUCAAUGAUACAAAUGUAAAGCCUCUGACCAAAGAGCUUGUUGACUACUUAGAUGUAGCUGAUCCAGACUUCAAAGAAGAUCUCACAGCCAAGAUUUGCUCAAUAGCUGAAAAGUUUUCUCAAGACAAGUUAUGGUACCUUGAUCAGAUGUUCAAGGUUUUAUCCCUGGCAGGGAAGCAUGUGAAGGAUGAUGUAUGGCAUGCUCUUAUUGUGGUAAUAAGCAAUGCAUCAGAACUUCAAGGAUACUCAGUGAGAUCAUUAUACACGGCUUUACAAACAUACAGUGAACAGGGAAGUUUAGUAAGAGUAGCUGUUUGGUGCAUUGGCGAAUAUGGUGAAAUGCUAGUGAACAAUGUUGGCAUGCUUGAAGCUGAGGGCUCAAUUACGGUCACAGAAUCUGAUGCUUUGGAUGCUGUGGAGCUCGGCCUUAGCCUUUACCCUGCAGACGUGACAACUCGAGCUAUGUGUCUUGUUGCUCUUUUGAAGCUGUCCUCACGAUUUCCAUCUAUGUCAGAGAGAGUAAAACGAAUAGUUUCCCAGAAUAAAGAGAAUAUGGUGCUUGAACUACAGCAAAGAUCAAUUGAAUUUGGUUCCAUUAUACAAAGGCAUCAGUCUAUCAGGUCAUCAUUGCUUGAACGUAUGCCUGUUUUGGAUGAAGCUACUUAUCUUAUGAAGAGGGCUAGUACGACACAAGCAAGUAUUCCUGCAUAUAAGCCUGCUUCAGCAGUUACUCCUGGAGACCUUAAGUUUCCAAAUGGCUUAGCAAAACCUGCUGUAACUCCUUUAGCUGAUUUGCUUGACCUAAGUUCCGAUGAUGCGACAGCUACUACCACUGCUUCUACUACUACAGCACCUAGUGAUUUUCUACAAGACCUUUUGGGUAUUGGUGGGACAAAUCUACCGACUGCAGGAGCACCUUCAUCUGCAAGCACAGAUAUUCUGAUGGAUCUUCUAUCUAUCGGAUCAUCUCCAUCACAAAAUGGCCAGCUGGUACCAGACUUAAGUCUUGCCCAAGCAGAGAAAAAACAUGUUUCUGCUGCACCUCAACUUGUUUCUCCUGUACCUGAACCUGUGGAUUUGCUCGGUAGUUUGUCAUCAAGCACAUCUGUUUCUGGUACUAAAUCCGCUACUGCUGUGCCUCAAGCUGUGGAUCUGCUCGAUGGUUUGUCAUCAAGUACAUCCGUUUCUGCAGGACUUGAAGAUGCGUGCCCAUCAAUAACGGCUUUCCAGAGUGCAACUUUGAAGAUCACCUUCGAUUUCAGAAAACAGCUUGGAAAGCCACAAGAGAGUACCAUCCAUGCCACUUUUACAAAUAUGUCAUCUAGUACUUAUACGGAAUUCAUUUUUCAGGCAGCUGUUCCAAAGUUCAUCCAAUUGCGACUGGAUCCAGCUAGCGGUAACAUUGUUCCAGCUAAUGGAAAGGGUUCAGUCACACAAGGGUUCAGUGUCACCAAUAAUCAACAUGGGCAGAAACCGCUUGCAAUGCGUAUUCGGAUGUCUUACAAAGUGAAUGGCGAGGACAGGCUGGAACAAGGUCAAGUCAGCAAUUUUCCACCUGGAUUAUAAUGCCAUGUGUGUGUGUGUGUGUGUGUGUGUGUGUGUGAUAUUGUAUGUUCUGAUAGUUCUUCACGUGUAUGGGGCAGAGGGAAGGUUUCUUCCAAUCUUUUCCUAAUUUAUUUCUUUGGCUUUUGUUCCCCAUUCGAGGGCACUUAAACAAAUAGUCCCGUUUGCCCAUAAUUUUCCCAAUAUUGUAUAGUAGUAGUAGUGAGCAUCAGCGUGUCUUCAGAUUAUCGCAAAUUUGCAAUGCAUACAUCCAAAAUUGUUACCACCCCUUCAGUUGUCGAGGAAUUGAUGAAAAAUACUAGCCACUACUGUUAUUGA